GAUCGAUCUGCAAUGGACAUACUUCCUUUUUCAAAUAAAUGCCGACAACAAUUGAAGAAGAAUAUAUUGGAUUGCUCCAACAACCACCACCACCUACGUGCAAACCAUCUAGGUAUCGUCGAUCAAAAUGGAUGUUGUGUUGCUCGUCACGUCGUUGUAAAGCUGCUAGGAGUACGUGCCUGCAUGUACGGGGAGCUAGCAGCUAGCUGCUGUACCAGUACUCCAGUAGUAUAAAGUAUCCUGGCGCAAUGGAACCCCAGGUCAAUGCCAUCCAUCACGAGCUAGAAGAAGCCUGAGCACCUCAGGUCCACCCUCCGGCGAUCGAUCGACAGAGCAAGAUGAGGACGCCGCGGGCUGUCUCCUCGUUCUUGUCCCUUUCCGGGCUCCUCCUCCUCGCCGUCUCGGUGGCCGCGGGCUCCAAAGGUUACGGCGGCGAUGGCGCUGCGGCCGGUUCGAAUGGCAGCGGCGGCCAGGAAGGCAGCUACAAGGUGCCGGCGUACCAGAAGCCCGUGGCCGGCCUCGACGAGAGGUACUACGAGAAGUCGUGCCCGCAAAUGGAGGAAAUCGUCGGGAGGGCCGUGAUGAAGGCUGUGAAAGCCGACGAGACCCUCGCCGCCAGCAUCAUCCGCCUCUUCUUCCACGACUUCGCCGUCGGGGGCGUGGACGGGUCGAUCCUGUUAGACGUGCCGGGGCACAGCGAGAAGUACGCGCAGGCGAGCAGGACGCUGCGCGGGUUCGAGCUGAUCGAGGAGAUCAAGAAGGAGCUGGAGGCCAAGUGCCACGCCACCGUCUCCUGCGCCGACAUCCUCACCGCGGCCGCCCGCGACGCCGUCGCCUCGCCGGCGGUCAGGGGCCCCUACUGGACGCUCAACUACGGGCGCAAGGACCGGAAGGGCUACUUCAGCGCCAACACGGCCGACCGCGACGUCCCCAUGGGCGGCCAGAGCGUCACCCAGCUCAUCUCCUUCUUCGAGAAGAACGGGCUCAACAUCCAAGACCUCGUCGCCCUCUCCGGAGCUCACACGAUCGGGCGCGCGACGUGCGGCGCGGUGAGGCCGGGGCUGUGCAAGCGCCGGAAGGAAGGAGGCGCGCUGCUGCUGCUGGACCGGCAGUACGGCGACUUCCUGCAGCGCAAGUGCCGCGCGGGCGGCGACGGGGAGUACGUGGAGCUGGACGGCGAGACGCCCACGGCGUUCGACAACCAGUACUACAAGAACCUGGUGCACGGGAAGGGGCUGCUGGACACGGACCAGAAGCUGCUGGCGGACUCCCGGACGGGCGGCUUCGUCAGGUCCUACGCCAACCAGAGGUCCCAGGCCUUCGUCGGCCAGUUCGCCCAAUCCAUGCGACGCCUCGGCGAGGCUCAGGUGCUCACCGGGAACGAGGGCGAGGUCCGCCGCAAGUGCUCCGCCGUCAACUACUAAUCAAUCAUAUAUAGCAACCGAUCGAGCUAGGAGAUGCAUCAUCAUGCGUGCACUACUAUUCCGCGGCGAACCAUCUCGAGUUACUAUUUUGGCGUCUUUAAUUUGCUGAUCCUUUUUUUCUUUUUGUAAAAUGUGCUGCGUAUUUCAUUCGUCCAGUGAUCUACACGUACUGGUACAUGCAUAUGUAUAUUGGCCAUGAGUGUCUUGGAGCCAUGCAUGUCCCGUCCAUUUCAAGGGCUGAAAUCAAACAUUUUGAACCAUAUAUACUUUGUGAUACCA